AUGAGUACAGGCCAGUGCUGUGGAGGUGAGGCUGACCGUGAUGACAGAGGGAAUCAGAUUGCCUCUCAUCACUGCCAGAAUGCAACUCUGCAAGGUUAUUUAACAGUUUCCAUUGAGCCUCUUCCUCCUGCUGUCAUUGGAGACACAGUCACACUCAGGUGCAACUUCCAAACAGACAGCAACCUCCGAGAGAUUGUGUGGUUUCGAGUGAUUGAAGGAGGCAGUACCAAGCAGAAGAUUUUCACCUAUGAUGCCAUUUACAACACCAGCUACUCCCACAUAGAGGACAACCGCAAACAAGAAGACCUGGUCUACCAGUCAACUGUGCGGCUUCCUGAGGUACAGAUGGAGGAUGACGGCCUGUAUGAGUGCCAUGUGGGGAUCUAUGACACAGGCUCCAGAGACAAAGUGAUUCUAGCCUCAGGCAGCCUCAUCCUCACUGUUAUAGUACCUCCCAAGUCUAUCUCUGUGGUGGCAGCCAACAGUCCAGCUCCUUUCAGCCGCUAUGAGGCCCAGAAUUUUACUCUGGUUUGCAUUGUUACAGGAGCAAAGCCAGCUCCCAUGGUGUACUUCAAGCGGGAUGGUGAGCUUAUUGAUGUUGUGCCUACUCGCCAGUCUUCCUCCUCAGUGGGGGACCAAAGCAAAGCCCCUGGUGAAGAAAAGAGCCAGGGGAGGAGCCAGGCAGGGCUAUUGAGCUCCCAGGUUCUCACCAGUCGAGACCCUGAUGACACCAAACUCCACAAGUCCCUGUCCCUGCUGGAAGAAGAGGGGAAGCUGGCUCGGCUGGGCCAGGACAGCCCCAAUGGCCCAGAAGAGGGCCCAGAGCAAAGGUCAGAGUCCUACCCCAAGCCAACCACUGAGGUGAUCCCUGAGACCGUGGUGAGCCGUGAGUUUCCCCGCUGGGUUCAGAGCAGUGACCCACUGUACUACUUCCAGCUACGGCAGCAGGCAGCAGUUGACGGCACCAUGGAGGUGAGAGCCAUGCUGACCUGGAGCCUCAACCCCCAGCUGGACAAUGAGGCACUGUUCAGCUGUGAGGUCAACCACCCAGCUCUGUCUAUGCCAAUGCAGGCUGAGGUCACACUGGCUGCUCCCAGAGGACCCAAGCUGUCCAUGAGCCCCACUAAGGCCAAGGUGGGAGACACAGUCCGGAUCACUGUCCAAGGCUUCCAGCUGGGACCUUCUGCAAGUGAGGUCUUCCCUGAGCCCAUGUUCACCUGGAACAAGGUUGGUGGACAUCUGCUGGAUGGUAGAGAGGAGCAUGACGGCAGGGAGCUCGUUCUAGAGAGAAUUCCUGCUGAGCUCAACGGCUCCAUGUUCCGCUGCACGGCCCAGAAUCCUCUGGGCUCCACAGAUACCCACACCCGCCUCAUUGUGUUUGACAACCCAAGACUGAAGAAACAAUUUAUUGCUAUUGGUGCAGCAGUCAGUCGGUGCUCCCUCACAUUAACCUCCAUGUUGCUACUGCUGAUCUUCACCUCUGAGCUGACGUGA